AUGGUCUUUGUCCCGUUCCAGACUUCAAAUGUCCUCAUGCCGAUCUCGCAUGACAGCAGCAGUGAUGACAUCGCCGACUCGCUAACCGAUUGCCGACUGAAGCGCAAAUCCCUCUCAACUCUCUCAUAUCGCGCAAUUUAUUUUCAUUGGAUUUCGUCCUCCCGCGUCGCGUUUGCGAUACGCGAAAUUCCGCAGAUUUUUCAAGGGCUCCCACAGCGCCCGCUGAAUCGCCGCCGUUAUCUUCGCCCUCUUUCAUUUCCUUUUCUUACGAUUCCUCCUUCCCUCAUCACUCUGAAAAUUCCGGAACCCUGCCUAGCAGGCACACUCACCAAAGACACAAAGAUAACAAAGACUCCAUCUGGCAGCACCGACGCGGUCACCAUCACAUCGGGCUUCCCUGUCGUCAACGACGACAGCAACGCUUACCAUGCAUCUCAAAGGGUCGAUACGGCGUGCUGAUAUGCCCGAUUGACACAGCCAAGGAAUUUGAAGAGAACGUCGAUCGCGUGUGGAUCAGUGCGAUCAUCAAAACUGUGUGGAUCAAGCCCGGAUGAAGGAUAGCUUAUUUUUGAUAUCUUGGCAUCGCGUCAUCUUGACAUCUCUUUGACUUCUUAUCAGCCGUUUUCUCACGGAUAGCGGACCGCAAUUCAAUGAGCAUUUGGAUCCUUUGAUCUCGCCAUGUCUAAUCUCCACCAAGAGACAACUGGCAUGAAAAAAAAACAUACGAAUGGUGAAGCAUAUGCACGCGCUCAUUGCGGCGAUAGGAAUUAGGACAAUGAAGACGACAAAUAUCACAUUAUGCACCACCAAUUUAUCGG